AUGCAAACUACAUCAGGUUCUCAAUCAAUAGAUCAGUGCUAUCAAAAAGGUUAUGGUGGCACCAUGGAGAAAUAUGUUAAAAGCCGAAGUGAUGAGGAAUUGAGGGAUCGUAAUAAAGAGAAUUCCACGAGUGCGUGUAAGCCUGAAGAUACAGCCAAUGGAAAGGCGAUUGUACCUUGUGGUCUGAUAGCUUGGAGUUUAUUCAAUGACACUUACAGUUUCUCUCGAGACAACAGGAGUUUGAAAGUGAACAAGGAAGGCAUCUCUUGGAAGAGUGAUAGAGAGCACAAAUUUGGAAAAGAUGUUUUCCCUAAAAACUUCCAAAAUGGUUCUAUUAAAGGUGGUGCAAUCCUCGAUGAAUCCAUACCAUUGAGUAAGAAGGAGGAUCUUAUUGUCUGGAUGCGAACCACUGCUUUGCCAACUUUUAGGAAGUUGUAUGGAAGGAUAGAAGAGGAUCUGAAUGAAGGUGAUACCAUAAAUGUAAUACUGCAAAAUAACUAUAACACAUACAAUUUUAAUGGCAAGAAAAAGCUUGUAUUGUCAACUACUAGCUGGCUUGGUGGGAAGAAUGACUUCCUGGGCAUUGCCUAUCUCACUGUCGGAGGAUUGUGCUUCUUUUUGGCUCUGGCUUUUACCAUUGUAUAUUUUGUCAAGCCAAGGCAACUUGGAGAUCCCUCAUAUUUGUCAUGGAAUAGAAAUCCAGGAGGGCACUGAUAAGAGAAACUCGUCAUACUUGUUUGUUAUUUUCC